UGGAUAGUGAGGCAGUUUUAGUUGCGGCUAAAUUGAACCGGAGUUGCAGCUGUUCGCUUGAUGUUUUUGUUUUGCUUGCCAGGCAAGAAAUAUGACUGACUUCAUUGAGGCAGUGUCCAAUCCAUUAGCACCGGAUGUAUUUGUUGGUCAUGGCGACUUUCCUAAUCACAAACUAUCUAACAGCGAUUUUCGAAAAUUGUUAAUGACACCUAAGCCAUCAAUACAACCUUCAAAGACCGAUGAAGUACAUGAAUCUGGAACCCGCAGCUCUACUCAUCACUCAGAAAGAUCUGAUCGUAUACGCCAAGAUCCUAGUCAAACGACCCAUCGUAGUAAACAUAAGAUAAGUCAUAAGCGUCAUCACGUUCGUAGUAAGAAAGAUACUCAAAAAUCGGAUGUUUCUGAAUCAUCACAUCGUUACCGAGAUCGUGCAAAAGAACGACGUGACGGUAAACUUGUAGCACCAACUGAAGAAGUUGAAGAAGAACGUGAAAUAGAUAAUGACGAUGAUACUUUAACUCGUACAGCUGAUUAUCGUGCUGUUGCACCAUCUUCUGCUGCUGGUGCCUCACAUGCUGAACGUCGUCGAAUGCUUAUACAAGAAUCUAAAUAUCUUGGUGGUGAUAUGGAACAUACUCACUUGGUCAAAGGUCUUGAUUAUGUUCUAUUACAAAAAGUUCGUUUGGAAAUACAAAACAAGGAAAUUGAAGCUGAACAUGCACUGGACGAUGAAUUGAAUAAACCAGAUAAAAUAAAAGAAAGUACUAAUAAUGAAGAAGGCAUACAAUUUCGUACUCAUCUAGCAGCAAAUAUAUGCAAUGUUCUUUUCAAUGAACGUCUUCCAGAACGUAAUGAAUAUUUUCAGCCUGGUCGUAUGGCUUAUCGUAUUGAACUAGAAGAUGAUUCAGUAGAUUUUGAAGUACCGGCUACAGUGAUUCGCAGUAAAUCUGAUUGUUUACAAAUAGAUGGCCGUGGAGCUGGUGCAAUAACUACAAAUGAAAUUGUAAUCAAUAAACUUACUCAAAUCUUAUCAUAUUUACGAGCUGGUAAACGACAUGCAAAGAAAGCUAAACUUAAAGGACGUGUUGGUGAAAAACCUGAAUUAGAUUAUGAAGAUAAUCGACAUCAUAUUCAUAAAAUGGCUAAUACCGCUAUAUUUGAAGGUGUCGGCAAUGAAUAUCUACCUACAGUAAAGAAACAAGGCAAAAACGAUGAUAAAACAGAUUUAUCAUUUGAUGAUUCGAAAACGUCAAAUACACGUAAUCUUGUAUCUGCUUCUAAUACUACUACUACUACUGCUAAUCAUAAUCAUAGCAACACUACUGAAUCAAAUAAUCCGCAAUCGUCGUACUUUGAUAUCCCCGCUAAUGCUAAUUCAACCACAAAUAAUUCAGUAAAUGCUACUAAAGAAUUUUUAAAUGAAUUAAGUCAACGUUUCGGUGUUAAAGAUGAAAAUAAGCUUCAAGAAAAAGCAAGUCUUGAACGAUUCUUUGCUAAAACUCAAGUCACCUGUUAUGAUGAGUGUUAUCCUGGUUUUGCGGAAUCAUACGAUGCUAUGGGUGAUUCUGAUGAUGAAGCUGAUUUUAGUAAAAUGGAUUUAGGUAAUAAAAAAGGUCCAGUUGGUCGGUGGGAUUUUGAAACACAAGAAGAAUACAGUGAUUAUAUGUCGAAUAAAGAAGCUUUGCCAAAAGCAGCAUUUCAAUAUGGUGUUAAAAUGGCUGACGGUCGUCGUACACGUCGUAUUGGACCAAAAGAUGAAAAGGCUGAAUUAGAUCGUCAGUUACAAAAAAUACAAUCAAUUAUACAGAAACGUAAACAACUGGCUGAAGAUGGUGGUCCAGUAGGAAAAAAUCCACGAUUUUAAAAGUUGCUAUGAUAUACUUGUAUAUUUAUUUAACCUUUAGUUUUAAUUUAAAUCUAUAUAAAAUAACUUCUACAUUCAUGUACUUGAGUUAUAUUUAUCAUCCGAUUUUUUGUGUACUAUUAGCUAACAAUAUUGAAUUGGACUGAAUAUAUAAAAGUGAUUACUUAUUGUCAAAUAUAUAUAUAUUCUGCUUAUUCCCACAUUUUACAACCCUCAAUUGU